AUGAGACCAUACAACAGACCUGCCACUCUAGGAACGCGUGUACGCAGAAACGUUAAGGAUCUUUCACCCGAGGAAUGGGGAAAGUUUGUGAAUGCGCUCAGGAUCAUGAAGACGCGUACGCGGCCUGGAGGCGUUGUUUCCAUUUACGACGAGUUUACAGCGUUGCAUAUGGGAGCGGUUGAGAUGAACAGAAAUUGGCGGAGGUCGCAUGGUCACUUGGAGAGCAUAGAUUCGUCGGGGGAUGGACCUGCUGAUCCUGCGCAUGAUAAUCCCGGGUUCUUGCCAUGGCAUCGUCAAUUUCUUCUCGAGUUUGAGGCUGCGCUCCAGGCAAUCGACCCUUCUGUUACUCUUCCCUACUGGGACUGGACAGAUCACGAUUUCGCCCAAAAGUUGUUUUCACCUGCCAUGGUGGGAAGCAAUGGAGGACACAAUCAGACAGGAGGCGCCGUGAUAAAUGGGCCAUUUUCGCUGGAGGAAGGAUGGGCAUGUACCCCAGCGCUGCACAGGCCCUCCUGGUUUCGACCCAUGGCCGCCAAGGCUCGAGAUGAGACGGUAAGUCAAGGUAAAAAGCAUAAAGAUGUCCAACAGCCUUCCUUGGGACGCUCUAUCAUCAGAUAUUUGGGCGACCGCGAAGACCUUGCGACCAUUGCGGACGUGAUCGAAUUUACGAAAAGAAAGGCCGUAUUCGGACCUACAAAGUUGAUUCUGCGUAGUGGCAUUACAACAGUCGCAGAUAACACCCAGGAUGUUUCGUCGAUGGGACCGCUACCGCGAGGAACUAUUUACAUAGGGGAUUCUCUCCCGGCUUCUGUCCUCCAGUCUGCAUUAGCGGGAUCUGACACGAGCUUUGGCAGUCAAGAUUCUUGGGACACUUUAGAAGACGCCUCCGAGGUACCAAGAAAGAUACAUCUAACCCCUCGUGAACUGACUCCUGGAUUUCGAUGGUCAGUUGAAGGGGGGCCGCAUAUGCACAACCAAACGCACGACUGGUUUGGUUUCCAUACGACCAUCCUGCAGGACGACCAGAUUGUCGGGGCAUCGACUAUACCCGUCGUAGCCUGUUCAACGGCAGAUCCCAUUUUCUUUCUGCACCAUUGUAAUGUUGAUCGGCUCUGGGCAGAAUGGCAGGAUUCUGGGCAUUACGGACCCACCUUUUAUCCAGACGUUGGAGACCCUUUGUGGUUGUAUGCAGACAUGAAAUCCGUGGUCGAAGAUAAGCCUCUGCGAAGAUAUGUAUAUCCGAGGGGUCAUAACUUGAACGAGUUGAUGGGCUAUAGUUACGACACUAGCACCCAACUUUCCGUGAACUCUGUGACGCCCGUUCUUGUUCAUUUGCCAGCAAGCAAGAAUGAGAGAACGCAUCAAGUGUUCCCGGUAGACAUCCAACGAAGAAACAGGUACUUGGUUGCGGCAAAAAAUACUGGCGAGGAUCACGCGCAUCUUGAGAUACAGGUAUACGCGGAGUAUGAAAGAAUGUUUGAGCACAACUUCAUGGAACAAGGAUUUCGAGGAGAAAGUAUUAACCCGGAACCAGAGAAAGAUGAAACAAACGCAUCAACAAGUGGUGUAUGGUGCCUCGAGAGGGGGCGCUACUACGUUGUGGUAUCGGCCAUUGUAGUGAAAGAAGGAAAGAACGUCAAAGAAAACGCCUCUAUCUCUGCAAAAUACGAGAUUGGGGUUGCGACAUCGCUUGACUUUGAGAUGCCAGAUGUACCGAUUCAGCCAGGCGUCAUUGCGAACCCACAAGUUCCCCAAGAAAGCUGUGUCUAUAUCGCGAACCGUCGAUAUGCACCUAUAAAGUUGGAGGUGGGACGACCGCAAUUCAGGUUAACGCAAAUGAAAGGUACGCAUGAGUUAUUUGGGAUCAACGUAUACCAGAGUGCGGGGCUAGUUGAUGUUCAAUUCGAGGGUAUGGAUGCCCUAGUGCAACUGUAUGGGCCAUUCGACCUCGACAACGACAAACUUCCGCACUUCGACAUCGACGGGAAACCAAUUGAGGGAGAGACGCUGACACAACUGAGCUCGCGAGUGCAGAUUGCUUCUAGUGAAGGUUGCUGCAAAAGAGUGGGGUCUGGGAUUUCCAGCCUGGUAACACCCGGCAGAUAUAUCGUCCUCGUCUUCCAUUGUUCGAUCGGCCACAACGAACACCAGGUCUACAAGGUCAGCUAUAGAUUUGACUCCGCGGCGAAGGUGAGAGAACUCGAGCUGGGACGCAUGAGUGUUGCAAUGCCUGGCAGCGGCCGAGCAGUGAACGAACUGUAUCGCGUUGCGGGGAAGAACGGCAUGCCUCUUGUGACCCAAAGAGGAGAAAUAUACAAGACCAGCGUGGUGGCAGAUGACGCGAAGACGCAAACCCAGAUCCGUGUUGCAGUGUUUUCAUACUCUUCCGGCGAUAUUCUUGGAAAAGAAGAGUGCGACAGAGAGCGCUACGUGUCCUACAACGAAGCCUUCUGGGGCGACGACACUAUUACAUUUAGUGUCGAUGAGGACCAGUUUACUCGAUCUUUUUCAUCUUCUCCUCGUUUCCCUGCCAUGUCCACCAAUUCAGCGAUACCCACGCCAUCCACCCCCUCCGUGGUUCCCCUUCCACAACGCCAGGAGAUCCCUGUAAAACACAAGAAACCUCCGGUGUGGCCCAUUGAGGCUGCCGAACCGGGUGUAGAGCCACCUCCCGCAUCAAAGUGUGCGCGAAACGCCCGCGAAGAUGGCAUUUGCUGCAAAGAGCUCAUCAAGGAAGAACGUACUUUGAUAGAUCCAGAUGUAGUUCGCGAUGUCGUCAUUGGCCUUUCAGAUGGCUUGACCGUUCCUUUUGCUCUCACAGCUGGACUGUCUUCCCUGGGCGAAUCGAAGCUUGUGGUGCUAGGCGGUAUCGCUGAACUGAUUGCUGGUGCCAUUUCAAUGGGUAUCGGCGGCUUCCUCGCCUCUCAGUCGGAACGUGACCACUAUCGUUAUCUCCAGCAUCAUACCGCUGAGCGAGUUCGCCAUAGUUGUGCGGGCGAGAUGGAGCGCGAGGUUACCGAGGUCCUGGGGCCCAUUGGUGUUGACGACAAGACGUGUUACGCCGUUGCGCGGUGCCUAAGAGAAGCCGAGGGGGAGGAGCUAGGGCAGAGUUACCUAACAGGAGGAGCAGGCGUAGAUGUCGAAAACUCAAAAUUGAGAUGGAGCAAAGACGUUGGCCUAACAGCGUUCCUGCUCAAGUUCGGCCAGGGACUAGAGGAGAUCCCCGACAGACGGAUGUACGUGUCGGCUUUCACCAUUGGUAUGGGAUACCUCAUCGGUGGCAUCAUCCCCUUGCUGCCCUACUUCUUCAUCCCGAGAGCACAUAUCGCUCUCAUCUACUCCUCUAUCAUCACCGGCGUGAUUCUGCUCAUCUUUGGUGCCGUCAAAGCGCGUGUGACUGGCGCGGCGCAAAAUCCCGCCGGAUACGUUUGGGGCGCAUUCAGCACGCUCAUGGUCGGUGGCAUUGCUGCCGCUGCGGCCUUUGGUAUCGUCAGGGCUCUGGAAGGGGGCGGAGAUUAG